CAUAGCUUCUGUGUCCCAGUUUGUAGUUCUCUGCUAUUCCUUAAUAAACGCAUUUUUGCUGGUUAAAGAACCGGAAGUUUUGUUUUUAAGGUUAUUAGUCUCCAAGAGAAAGUAUAAAUUUUUAGCGACUGGCAUAGCCUGAGCAGACAACUAGCGAGAACAAACGGCGGCUAGAGCACGGAGUGGGUGUUGAAGCCUCUGUCACCCCCUCCGUAUCACCAGGCACCACCUCAGCUGCUGAUCCAUGGGGAAGUCUUUUCUAGGAUAUUUGGAGGAAGAUACUACAUUUUCUUUUCAAAGACUGAGGAAACGAUAUCCAUGAGGUUCAACAGCUUCUCAAGCUCUCACAGCUGGUGCCGUUCAGGAGACAUCUGUGCUGUGAAAGUGAACACUGCUGGGGAGGUCGUUGCAUGAAACAUGGUCACUGUUGCAUCCUUUUGCUCCAGCUGAGUCGAGCCCACCUGCGUCUUCAAUCUUUGCGUUGACAGCUACAUUGUUCCACUCUCCAAAAGACGAAGGACCUCUCAGAUUGUGCUCCUUACCUCAUAAUGAGAAUUAGCAGCAGGCCUGGAUGGAUUCGUAAGCAAUGUGAGCCUGCUCUCCUGCAAAUGUCUUUAAUAAUAGAUGAUGAGAAAGGCAGAAGGUGGCACCUGCAAAGUGCAUCAGACACAGCAUCAUUGGAGACUCUUGCCAACACCAGUUCUCCUGGUCCAGUCACCAGUUGUGACGUUUCAACAUGGCUGCUCCUGUUUUCCUCCCAGCGCUGGUACCAAAUGGCUGUCCCACAGGGCCCUAUGAUUUAUGCAGGAGCAGAGGCAGCACGCAAUCGAGCUGUCAAGAGAGCGUCAGCUUAUUAGGCAAAUGCUGCGUGGUUUCUGAAGAGGGUCGACGCUAUAAAAUCCCACUCCAGGCUCUGGUGUGGAGAAACUCAGAGCCCAAAUCGGGUGAGAGACUGGAGAGAAGGAGAAGAGAAGAUUCUUAAAGAGAGUGAAGACAGAAAGGAGAAGAGAAGAAAACCCUUGAAAAAGCCCCGGAGACUUUCCUCUGCAGAGAGGCGGCAGCGCCCCACUCACCUGCAGAAGCACCUCAGAAGCGAGCGCCCCUAACAUGCGGCUGCCGCUUCUCUUGUCCGCGGGCGUCCUGCUGGUGGCUUUCCUGCCCUGCCCGCCAUGCAGGGCCCUCCUCAGCCGGGGACCCAUCCCGGGCGCCCGGCAGGCCCCUCAGCAGCCCCAGCCCCUGGAUUUCUCCCAGCUGCCGCCGCAGCCCCAGAAGCCCCAACAGCCACAGGCUCGGCCCAUCCUGCUCCGCAUGGGAGAGGAAUAUUUCCUCCGCCUGGGUAACCUCAACAAGAGCCCCGCUGCUCCCCUCUUGCCCGCCUCUUCACCUGUCUCUGGCGGCAGCAGCAGCCGCCUUUCACCGGACGAAGCGGCCGCCAACUUUUUCCGAGCGUUGCUGCAGCAGCUGCCGCUGCCCCGGCGCCCGCUCCCGCUCGACAGCCCCGCAGGUCCGGCUGAGCACGAAGCCGAGAACGCCCUCGGCAGCCGCCAGGAGACACUCGAGAGGCAGAGGCGAUCCGACGAACCUCCCAUCUCGCUGGAUCUCACCUUCCACCUCCUCCGACAAGUCUUGGAAAUGGCCAGGGCUGAGCAGUUAGCGCAGCAAGCUCACAGCAACAGGAAACUGAUGGAGAUUAUUGGGAAAUAAAACUGUGCGUUUGGCCGAAAGGAUGCAGUAUUUAGCACGCAAAAAAAUAAUUAAAAAAAUCAAAUACAGUAUUCUGUACCAUAGCGUUGCUCUGAUACCAUUUAUUUUUUUUUAUAGCUUGAAGCCUAGACGAUGUAUAGCAAGAGAGUCUAUACUCCUUAAUUAGCAUGCACAAAGUGUAUUCACACACAGUAACAGCAGCAAAAUGUUAUUUGUAUUGUCUACUUUUAGUUUCCAUUUCCAGGUGUCUUUAAUGGUGUUUAGAAAGUACGGACCCAGAAUGAAAUGUUUUGAAGCAGGCAGAAGUCACUCAAUUUAUUUUGUUGUGGUCUGAGCCAAAGAGAGUGUCAUUCUCUUGGAUAGGUGAAACAAAAUCUGUAAGCUCUUUGAAUCAACCUUUCCUUGUAAACGUUUCAGUAAUAAAAACAUCUUACCAAUCAUUGGUCAAUUUGGUUGUGUAAGAGAAUGUCGAAUAUUUAUAUUUUUAAUAAAAGCUGCAAAGGUAAUCAUGACUUUAUUUUUCCUUUUCAGUAUUCAUAGGAGUAAAACUUCCAGCCCCUGGCUUCCUUCGACCUGAUAGCAGCACAAGAAGUGCUGAAAACUCUUUGCAUUAAUUUCCUACUAAAAAUACAAACAUAUGUCAAGUGGCUUACACAGAUAGUGCAGUCGCCUUGGACUCAUCUGUGUACCUCAGGUUACUCCUCUGAGGUUAAGUUAAAUGAUUUGGGAAGUUGCUUCCAGCUCUAAGACUUGGUAGUUCUAUGAAUGGUAGAUCAAUUCAUAAUAGAAAUAACAUUUAACCCUGAUUAACUAUAAGAUGUUAAAUAAUUGGAAAGGGCAGGGAAGGAGGAAAGGAAAAGAGAAAUGUUGAGGCAGGGCAUUCCUCCAAACUCUAGGGCCAACAUGCUGUCUUUUUU